CCAGCCGACGUCGUUUGAGGAGGCGCUGCACCACGAGUGUUGGCGUCAUGCUACGCUGGAUGAGAUGACAUCCAUUGAGGCGAGUGGCACCUGGGAGCUGGUCGAACCGCUGCCGCGCACGAGGCCGAUCGGCCUCAAGUGGGUCUAGAAGACCAAGAAGGAUGCAGCCGGGGUCAUCACCAAGCACAAAGCUCGGCUCGUCGCGAAGGGGUAAGUACAACGUCAAGGGAUCGACUUCGACGAGGUCUUCGCUGCGGUGGCGUGACUCGAGUCUGUGCGGUUGCUACUCGCCCACGCUGCCUGCGAAGGCUGGGCAGUGCACCACAUGGAUGUCAAGUCCGCGUUCUUGAACGGCGUUCUCCAUGAACAAGUCUACGUCGAGCAGCCUCCUGGUUUCGUUCCCCAGGGGCACGAGCACAAGGUGCUCCACCUCGUCAAGGCGCUGUACGGACCGCGUCAAGCCCCACGUGCCUGGUACUCCAAGCUUGACGAAUCGCUGCUCAAGCUCGGCUUUCAGAGGAGCGCCUCCAAGCACGCCGUCUACCUGCGUGGGAUGGGCGAUCGCCUUCUUGUUGUGGGCGUGUACGUAGAUGAUCGGGUGAUUACCGGGGCCAACAAUGUCGACAUCGACACAUUCAAGGCGGAGAUGCAGGCGAUGUUCAAGAUGAGCGACUUGGGGCUACUCCAUUACUACCUUGGUCCGGAGGUGUCACAGACCGAGGCCGGGAUCACCGUCAGCCAAAGCGCCUACCUGGCCAAGAUUCUGGAGAACGCAGGGCUGACUGGAUGCAACCCAAGUCACACUCCAAUGGAGCCUCGUCUGAAACUCAGUAAGUUGAGCACCGCCCCAGGUGUUGAUCCUAUUCAUUACAGAAGCAUUGUGGGCUCGCUGCGAUACUUGGUGAAUUCGAGACCAGACUUGGCAUACUCGGUGGGUUAUGUUAGUAAGUUCAUGGAGAAUCCGACCACUGAACAUUUGGGGGCAGUCAAGAGAAUUCUCAGGUACAUCUCUGGAACUCUCAGUUAUGGCUGUCAGUACCAGAGGAAGAAGGAGGAGGCCAGUCUUGUUGGCUACAGCGAUAGCGAUCACGCGGGCGGCAUCGACACGUGGAAGAGCACUUCCGGUGUGCUCUUCUUCCUCGGCAACAACAUUGUCACCUGGCAAUUCCAGAAACAGAGAGUCGUGGCUCUAUCCUCUUGUGAGGCGGAUUACAUUGCCGCAGCCACUGCAGCCUGCCAAGGAGUCUGGUUGUCACCUGGCAAUCCCAGAAACAGAGUUGUGGCUCUGUCCUCCUGCGAGGCGGAGUACAUUGCCGCAGCCACUGCAGCCUGCCAAGGAGUCUGGUUGGCGCGUCUUCUCGCAGAGCUCAAAGAAGAGAAGAUCGGCGCCAUCACAUUGAAGAUUGACAACCAGUCCGCCAUCGCGCUCAGCAGGAACCCUGUCCUCCAUGACCGCAGUAAGCAUAUUGAUGUCCGAUAUCAUUACAUUCGCGAGUGCGUUGAGGAGAACAGGGUCCAACUUCAGUCCAUCGGGACCUCGGAGCAGCUGGCGGACAUACUGACUAAGGCUCUGGGGCGUGAGCAAUUCUGCAGCUUGCGUUCCAGGAUAGGAGUGCAUGACGUACAGCAUACACACAAGGAUUAGGAGGAGAUUUGUUAGAUACUCCUUGUGUGCUAAAUUUAGAUAGCACUGCAUGUUUCUUUUCAGCAACUGCAUGCGCGCGAGCACCGGCCUGUGGUUGUCGCGCGCCCGUAGGAGGUCGUGGCGCAGAUAGCUGCCCACGAACCUGAGUGCACAGCAUGGACGACUUUGCGCGUGCUGAUCAUGUAAGUGACUCUUAGUAGUCUAAGUUUCCAAUAAAAAGAAGAAUAGAAGUACAGAAAAAGCUGCGCUUCCAGGCAGCACCAAAAUCAUCUGUGUCCAGUUGUCUUUCGCGUUGAGUUUCUUGAGCUUGUCUUCCUCGUUUCCGGCUUGCUGUGCUCCCCGUCGGCGUUCAUCGCCGACCCGAGACUAACAAGGAGAGGUACGGUGGCGCCGGCACAGCCCGACACUGGCAUCAGCAAAACGGGGGCCCGCUCCAAUGGAUUCGCCGGCCGGCGGCAUUGAUGUAGUAUAGUACUACUGGUGACCGCUGCAGCUGGCCCGGUGCUCCCGGAAUAGCGAUUCCGACCUCGAGCAGCGGCGGUGGAGGCUUGUCCACGCUGCCGCGGCUGCGGGCGUCGCGAGCUCCCCCGGGGAUGUUGACGCGCGCGGCGUCUCCGCUCAUCCGACGCCAGCAUGCCAUUCCUGGCGUGGUGGUAAGUUUGCCAUUCUCAUCGACUGAUUCGA